AUGGGUGAUUUCAAACACACUGGUUUUCGUUUGAGAUCCUCUUCAAGUGAUAUUGAAAACUCGAAUUAUAUUCCAUCACCUGAAAAGCCAAGAGGUGCCGAAGCAUGCGAGAGUUAUGCUCCUGGAAGCCCCCAAAUGCAAUUACUAUUCGAUCAAUUCGCCUGUAUUAAAAACUCAACGAUUUGUAAUGAUAAAGACACUGAAAAUAUUGAAUCGCUUUCAGCUUUCCUUCCUUCUAGUUAUCUAAGUCCUAUACAACAUAAGUCACCUUCUACAUUUGUGGAGUCAAUGUGCUCUGAGUCUAUAACUGAUAAUUCUGCUAGUUUUUGCAGAUCGAGUAAUCCAAAUAUAAUUUUUGAACAAAAUAUUUCUGAUCUUUCCUACUCACCCGUUAAACCUGAGUUGACAACUUCACCUCUUAAAAUGUCCACCCUCCCUGAGGUUACCGAACCUCUUUCAAGCACUUUCAAGGAAUUAUCGAUCGAAACUAAUGUUCUGGAAGACAAUAAAGUGUCUACCGACGUCAAAGUUAGCAGAAUUAAUGAAACAAUUGACCCCACGUUAAUAACACCUAAAAAAGUUUCUCUUGAUCACACUUUUGAUUUGUCGAGACGAACCUCACGCUUGCUUCUUGCUCCCUAUAUUGCCUGUGAGUACGAGAGUAGUGAUGAAGAUAAUCUUGAAUGCCCACCAGUAAAACCCCCGGCUCCAAUAAUGUGUAUGUGGCAAACCGAGGAACAGGAAGUAGCUUAUGAGAAUACUGCCUUGAAUAUAUCGAUGGGAUCGGUGGGAUCUAAUAAGCAAUGGGAUACUGUCGACAAAUCUACUCAAACCACUGCCGAGUUUGAUGUUCCUGCGUUAUACUACAGUCCCAGAGGUGAUCCCAGUGCUACUCAACUCAAAGAAUGGAUGAAUAAGAUAUUUGACAACAAAUUGCCAGAUUUCGAUUCUUAA